GCUUUUUUGAGGUUUACGAGCUUGUCGCGUCCUUCAAAGUGAUUGUUGUUUGUGAAAUGAACUUUUCAGCAACUUUCGAACUGAAAUUUAACUUCUUUAGGCAUGGCAAACAUUAAAUUUUGUGAUGAGUUACACAGUGAAAGUGUUAUUGAAUAUGUAUAUCCAUAGAACGCUCCAUAAAUAACUUGUUUAACACGAUAUAACCGCCGCUCAAAGUUGAGUGAACUUGUGGCUAAUGUUACUUUGUUCCUAAAGUUUGAUUUGUUUAGCCGUGGUUUUUACAGGUGUUUAUUGAAUGUUGUGAAAGGACGAAUCCUAGCAACGACUUCGAAAUGAUUAAUAUAAGUAAGAUAACCCAGUUUACAAGAUGUAAUACAAAAUAACUGGGAGAUGUGGAGUGAAUAUGAGCAACGAAGUGCAUGUAAAAAAUUAAUGUCAUGGAAGAAUUGGAACGAUUUUUGAAAAUGAGUUUAACUAUGGUGUUUUUAAGAUUCAUUGUUUUAGCGAGUUCUAUUGGCAUCAGCUCAUCUGCAGAUAUAUCUGGGCAAAUGCAACCACCGCGUUUCAGUAUGCAGCCAUCAUCUUCAAAUAGUGUAGUAAGAGAAGGCACCACCAAAAUUUUACAAUGUUCAGCUCUAGGUAUUCCACAACCUAUGUAUAGGUGGUUAAAAAAUGGUGUUCCGCUUGGGGAAUAUUCUUCGGAACUAUUUUAUAAAAUCCACAAUACCAAGAAGCAGGACGCCGGAGCCUACCAAUGUAUAGCUAAAAAUGACGUUGGGGCAAUUUUCAGUGAAAAGAAUAACAUUGUUGUCGCGUAUAUGGGAAUAUUCGACAAAAUUCUUCAAGAUACGAUAACUGCCGAAUCCGGACAUGCAGCAGUUCUAGAAUUUCCGCACAUAGAGUCAGAACCCCCACCCUCGGUCAUAUGGCAAGAUGAAAACGGUGCAUUGCGAUACGAUCAAAAAUAUGCAGUUACUGAUGAACAUCAAUUAGUUAUUCUGUCGGCAUCACAUGACGAUGAAAGACACUACAGAGUUCGCGCCAUUAACACCCAGCUUGGUAAAGAAGAGAAUAGCCCUUAUUUUCGACUUGAGGUUUAUGGUGAUGAUACCAAAGAAGUUCCACCUGAAAUCAUAAUUAAACCAAGAGACAGAAAAAUAGUAAAAGGCCAAGAUUACACGAACUUGUACUGUGUUGCUAACGCUCGACCUCUUCACGAGCUUGAGACCUUGUGGUUCAAAGACGGUAUCAUGAUCGAUUUGGCCGGUAUCACCUUUGACUUAAAUGACCAGUGGAACAGAACUCUCAGCCUCAUUUCAGCUAAUUUGACGCACACAGGAAAAUAUACCUGUCAAGCGAGAUUAAGAACAGGAGGAUUCGCCACAGUUACAGCUUCGGCAAUGGUUACAGUCUACGAGAAACCUGUUUUCUCAACUAAUUUAAAAUCGGAAACGUUCGCUGAAUUUGGUAGCAAUACGGUCCUUGAAUGUAACGUGCACGGCAUACCAUUACCUAGUAUUACAUGGUACAAAGAUGCUAGAAAAAUUGCUAGCGUUGGUUCUGAAGCUGCAAACGACAACGCUGAUCUUUAUGAUGGUGAGGGUCGGUACAGGGUAGAAGUUGAUCGAUCUUUAGUUAUCAACAAUCUUCGAAUGGAGGAUAUGGGCAUUUACCAGUGUAUAGCCAAUAACGACGCCGGAGAAUCUUCAAUCUACACCUGGCUCAAAAUCAAAACGUCACCGCCCAUAAUGACGACGGCCCCCGCCAACCUGACGGUACUGGAUGGCAAGGAUGCCGCCAUCGCGUGUCGAGCGGUUGGCGCACCAACACCCAACGUCACCUGGUAUUUCAACGACUCUCUGAUAAUUAACUUAUCGGGAAGGUUACAAGCAUUGGACGAAGGAGACUUAUUGAUCACCAGUACAACAAUUGCCGAUACUGGGAAGUACACUUGCGUGCGUGCAAAUGACGCCGGAAACGUCUCCGGGGAAGCCUAUCUUACAGUUCUUGUAAGGACGCAAAUUAUAGCACCCCCAGUGGACACACGCGUCCUGCUCGGUCACACCGCCACAUUGCAAUGCAAAGUUUCCAACGAUCCCAACGUAAACUACAAUAUUGACUGGUUUCACAACAAACAACCAAUGGCUGCCGGUUCCCGCGUAUGGAUUACGGCCGAGGGCGCGUUGACAGUGCAAGCGGUCCGCGCGAGUGACGCGGGCGAGUACACCUGCGUGGUGACGUCACCCGGUGGUAACCACACACGCCAGGCGUUCCUCUCUGUCAUCGAACUACCCUUCGCGCCUACUAACGUGCGCGCAGUACGACUCGACGAAGCCACUUCUAGGGCCGUCAACGUAUCAUGGACCUCCGGAUUUGAUGGAAACUCGCCCAUACAGAAGUACAUUAUACAAAGAAGAGUAGUACCCGAAUUCGGACCUACUCCAGAUCCGUUACUAAAUUGGGUGACGGAACCUGUUAACGUGUCUGCAAACCAACGAUGGGUGCUGUUGACGAGCCUCAAAGCGGCUACCUCUUAUCAAUUUCGUGUGUCCGCUGUCAACACGGUCGGUGAGGGCCCGCCUUCCGAUCCCACCGACGUCCUCACUUUGCCUCAAGAAGCUCCAUCGGGUCCUCCCGUGGGAUUCAUGGGCUCAGCGCGCUCUUCGUCGGAAAUAAUCACCCAAUGGCAACCGCCCCUCGAGGAACAUAGAAACGGUCACAUACUGGGUUAUGUUAUUAGAUAUAGACUGCGCGGAUACGACAACAGCCCGUGGACCAACCAGAAUAUAACUAACGAAGCGCAAAGGAAUUAUCUCAUCCAGGAUUUAAUCACGUGGAAGGAUUACAAUGUUCAGAUCGCAGCAUACAACGAUAAGGGGGUAGGGGUUUUCUCUGAUAGUUACACAAUCAAAACCAAAGAGGGGGUUCCGGAAGCGGCCCCGGAUAACGUUCGAUGCGAACCUUUUAAUUCUACCUCGAUCACGGUGUGGUGGACUCCACCAAAUCCCCAGAAAAUUAACGGUAUUAACCAGGGUUAUAAAAUGCAAGCUUGGAGAUGGGAUGAUAAGGAAGUCGGUAACGUUGAGCAAAAACUGAUCAGCGUGCCUCCGAAUUUAUUGGAUCCAUUGACUGAACAAACCGCGAUAAUAGUUGGUCUCGAGAAGUUUACAGAGUAUAACAUUUCUGUCUUGUGUUUCACUGAGCCCGGCGACGGACCACGUAGUGAUUUUGUUCUAGUUAGAACAAAAGAAGACCUGCCCGACGAGAUAAUGAACUUGCAAUUUGAUGACAUAUCCGAUCGAGCCGUAAGGGUUUCAUGGUCACCACCGAAAAAAUCUAACGGAAUACUAAUUGGUUACAAAUUAAGUUACGAAAUCAAAGAUGAACCCGACACUUUGAAGGAAGAGGUACUACCACCAAAUGUCACCAGUAUCAGAGUCGAACAUCUUCAGGCAAGCACCCAUUAUAAAUUUUGGUUGUGCGCUAUGACGGGGGUCGGCGCGGGUGCCCCGCGAGCGGCCACCAUCCAGUCGGGGGUGGAGCCGGUGCUGCCGGACGCGCCACGGAACCUAGCACUGUCCAACAUCGACGCGUUCUCCGUACUGCUCCAAUUCACGCCAGGCUUUGACGGAAACUCAUCUAUUUCAACGUGGACAGUUCAGGCCCAAACAGCACGUAAUUCAUCCUGGGUAACAAUCUACGAAGUGAACGCGCCCGACGCACAGUCGAUUCUGGUGAAAGGUCUGGUGCCAUUCACUACGUACCGUCUGCGGUUAAUAGCAACGAACGUCGUAGGCUCCUCGCAGCCUUCUGAGCCCUGUAAGGAGUUCCAAACUAUUCAAGCGCCUCCACAACAUCCGCCCAGAAAUGUUACAGUGAGAGCAGUCAGCGCAACCAACCUUCGUGUCCGAUGGAUCCCGCUACAACAAAGUGAGUGGUACGGAAAUCCUAAAGGUUACAAUAUAACUUACAAGAGAAGCGGUACCAACGACACACUGUACAGCGUGAUUGAUGAUCACACUGCCAAUUCGCACGUACUUUUAAACUUGGAGGAAUGGUCCGUCUAUGAAAUACGCAUGACGGCCAUCAACGAAGUCGGCCCAUCGGCGGAGAGUCCCAUAGCAACCGAAAGAACUAGAGAAGCUGUACCAUCACGAGGGCCUAGUGACGUAUCGGCGAAUGCCACUUCCUCGACUACAGUAGUCGUACUGUGGGGCGAUAUUCCCGUACAGGAUCAAAACGGUUUAAUCGAGGGAUACAAAGUAUGCUACGCAGCUGUCGUUCCUCCACCGAGGCCCGAAAAUAAGAAGAUCGAAUGUCAAGCAAUACCCUCGAACCAAACCCACACUAUUACGUUGACAGAACUGAGAAAAUAUGUUGUGUACCAUAUUCAAGUUCUUGGUUACACGAGAUUAGGUGAUGGAGCUCUCAGCGAUCCCCCAGUUACUGUCAGAACUUACGAAGACACUCCGGGACCACCUUCUAAUGUAUCCUUCCCUGAUGUAACAUUCACCACAGCACGAAUUAUUUGGGAUGUGCCAGAGGAUCCUAAUGGCGAAAUAUUAGCCUACAAAGUCACAUACCAUUUAAACAACACGUCUCAACAUGUUUUCUCGAGGGAGUUCUUGCCUUCCGAUAGAACUUUCAGGGCGACUGAGCUGUCUUCAGAGCGGUACUAUAUGUUCACGGUGACGGCGCAGACCCGGUUAGGAUGGGGUGCCACUGCGCGCGUGCUCGUACUGACAACCGUGAACAGGGCCGCGCCCGCCCCACCCGCGCGCCCUAAUGUUGCCCGCUCGCUGCUGCAACCGCACCAUAUCACUUUCUCCUGGACGCCUGGGGACGACGGAUAUGCACCACUGAGAUAUUACACAGUGCAAGUGAAAGAAGAAGGCGGUACAUGGCAUACGAUACCCGAACGAGUAGAUCCAUUUGCCACAUCGUACACAGCAGAGGGGCUGAAGCCGUACACGGCCUACCAGUUCAGGAUACGGGCGACCAACGACAUCGGCCCCAGUCGAUACAGCAACGCCACCGAAACUGUCCGCACUUUACCCGCGUCUCCAAGCAAAGCCGUAGAGAAUCUUCGAGUGGUCCCAAUCACUCCGAGUAGUGUACGAGUGCAAUGGACUCCUCUAGGAGAACAAUAUUGGAGCGGCGACACUCGCACCGGUGGUUAUCGGGUGUUCUAUCAACCCCUCACCGACUUCCCUACCGCACUACAACAGACGAUGAAGCAAGAAGUACCUGGAAUUAAGAGCGAGGAGGUAGUCCUGACAGAGCUAUCUGUGGACCGCAACUACGAGAUCAGCGUGUGCGCGGUGAACUCACAGGGUGCGGGCCCCGGCGGCACACCCGCUGUCGUGUGGGUGGGUGAGGCGGUGCCCACCGCGCCUCCGCGUGACGUCACCGCCGACCCACUGUCGCCCACCGAGGUGGCGCUCGCGUGGAAACCGCCGCUGUUGGCGCAACAGAACGGCGAUCUGCUCGGGUAUAAGAUAUUCUAUUUGAUGACGGAGUCUCCCGAAGAGCCAGAGCCUAGUCGAAAAGCGGAGGAAGAAAUCGAAGUGGUGCCCGCCACAGCUACUUCACACUCGCUAGUGUUUCUGGAUAAAUUUACGCAGUAUCGCAUUCAGGUGCUGGCGUUCAAUCCGGCGGGCGACGGCCCUCGUUCGACGGCAGUUCUCGUCCGAACGCACCAGGGUCUGCCGUCGGCGCCGCGGAACAUCACCUUCACCGACAUCACUAUGAACAGCCUCGUGGUGUCGUGGGAAGCGCCGUAUAGAAGGAACGGCCUCAUACAGUCGUACCUUGUCACCUACGAGACUGUGGAACAGGAUGAAAGGUUUAGCAAGCAAGUGAAGCAGAAAGUGGACGAGCGGCGUCUCGCGGUAGGCGGACUGGAAGAGGAAGUGGAGUAUCUAUUCAGCGUGCGCGCGAUGACGAUCGGUGCGGGUGCUAUUGGGAGUGCGCGCGUGCGGACGGGCCCGCAGGCUGGUUCGCCCGACCCGCCGCGGGCCCUCAUACUGGCGCCCGACCCCGCCGCGCUGCAUCUACGCUGGGACAACGCGCCCUCCGGCCCUGGCCCGCUGCUUGGCUAUUACAUAGAGGCACGCAAGAAGGAUGACACUAGAUGGGAAACGAUCACGCGCACUAGCAACGGAAUACUGCAAGAGUUCACUAUAUCGUACCAGAGCUUGCUGCCAUCGACGGCAUACUCGUUCCGGGUGAUAGCCUAUAACAAGUUUGGGAUAAGCAACCCGACGUACAGUGACAAGGUGAUCGUUACACCGUCUAAGUUGUACUUGGAGUACGGAUAUCUACAGUACCGGCCGUUCUAUCGACGGACGUGGUUCAUGGUUGCGCUGGCCGCAGCCUCAAUCAUCAUCAUCAUUAUGGUCAUCGCGAUACUGUGCGUCAAGAGUAAAAGCUACAAGUAUAAGAAAGAAGCACAGAAAACUUUGGAAGAGUCUCUGGCGGGCGAGACGGAUGAGCGCGGCUCAUUAGCCAUGGACUUGUAUCGGUCGCGGCAAAACUCCGUCGCUAGCGUAGGUGCGUUGGGCAGCGCUGGGGGCACUCUAAGGCGGGGCAAAACCGCCCCCGCGUUGGGCAAGUCGCCCCCUCGCCCCUCCCCCGCCAACGUCGCUUACCAUAGCGACGAGGAAAGCCUGCGCGCGUACGACGAGAACCCCGACGACUCGUCCGUCACCGAAAAACCUUCGGAGAUGAGCUCCACCGACUCCCAGAAUUCCGAGAGCGAGAACGAGAGCAUACGAUCUGAACCGCAUUCGUUCGUGAACCACUACGCAAACGUGAACGAUACCCUGCGACAGUCGUGGAAGAGGCAGCGGCCGGCGCGCCGCAACUACUCCAGCUACACAGACUCGGAGCCCGAAGGCAGCGCGGUGAUGAGUCUCAAUGGCGGGCAGAUCGUCAUGAACAAUAUGGCGCGCUCUCGGGCACCCUUGCCCGGCUUCUCCUCGUUCGUAUGACACCAACUUCCAGACACGGCGCCUGCGCAAGCCGUGCACAUGUAAACAAACAUUCACUGCCCAUUCCCAUUUAUUAUACUUAAUAAAAAAAGUGAACUUGUACAUAUAAAAUUAUUUCAAGCAGCUCGUAAGAAAAUCUCAGUGGCCAUCGGUUAUCGCAAGACUUAACGUGGCCGCAUAUCGUAGCUUUUUUACCUGCGACUCCUUUACUGUGCAAAUUUACACACCUAUACUAAAAUUAUUGAGCGAUCUCGUUAACUUCGUGUGGUCGUGUACAGUGGGCCAUGUUAUUUGUUCACAUUUUAACUGUUAUUUUAUAAGUACAUAAUGUUAGUUAAUAUUUAUCUUGUAGUAUAAACGUAGCCACUUUGUGAUUUGGCGCAAAAACUCUAUUGAUGAUCGAUUUUUGUGCUAGCACGUUAUGUAGCAUAUCUAUCAUUAGUGAAGUAAAACUUUUAGGCGGAUUUUCCUUGCAAAAUAUUUUGCUGUAUAAAACUGUCAAAUACUUAUUAAUGUUAUGAAAGAUACAAGAAGUUUAAGUUUGUGUAAUGCCGGCACUUACAGCGUUAUUCGUAUUAGCUAUGCGUAAACUUACUAACAUCUUUCCAUUUCAUUCCCAGUGCUGCUUGAGUAAGAGAGGGACAAACUGCUGUCAAAAUGACAAAUAGCAAGUACAAAUAGCCAAGUGAAGUAGCGGCAUUAAAAUAUUGGUAAUUUAAGUAUUUAACCAGCAUUGUCAUUGUAAUGAAAAUGACUAUAAAAAAGGAAGAUUUACAUUUUAUACUUCCUAAAAACUCAUUCUGCGUGAUAAUUCGACAUAACUUCACAUGUAAAGCAAUAUUAUUUUAUGUGAUUGCUAGUGAAAUUAUUAGGUGCUGAAAUUAGCAUGAUGUAAAGCGUAGCCUCAGCUUACAAUCGUAAUGCAUGAAAUAUUAUUACUAAAUAAUAAAAUAUUAGCGAAAUCCGGGUAGAUAAUAGAUUUCAUUCUAUAAAAUUUUAUCAGUAAAAACUUCUAGCUUUGUUAGGUACACCGAAGCUUCAUUUUAUUACAAUAAAACUUGAAAUGGUUAUUGAGAGUUUACACAUUGAUUUUACGUAAAUUAUUAUCAAUCUCACUUUGUAAUAAUUAUUUAUAUGUAAGUACUAAGUAUACAACUUAUUUUUUAUUUUAUUUUUUUCAAAUAUGCAAUUGACUGAUAGGUUUAGAAUUAAUGUGUUUAUUGUAAAUAAAUAAAUUAGGCAGCUACAUGCAUUUACUAGCAAGAUUAUAUUUGGCACAACUAUUUUAAAAGCAACUGUGAUCUAUUGUAAUUUUCUAUACUUUUUAUGGUGUGUUUCUUCUUCAAUGUUUGACUUGAAUUGAUAUUUAUGUAAAACUUUUAAAGGAUUUAUAUGACAUAUGAAAUUAUCAUUGAUUUUACAUAUCAAUGAAUUUUUCAUGACAUCUAGUGUACCGUGAGUUAACAGGGGCCACUUAAUGAUAAAUCUGUUACUGUGCAUGUGUUAUUCCAGAUGCAUUUAAAAAACAUUCAAAUUUAAGUUAAGAAGAAUCAAUUUGAUCUUUGAACUCUAUCUUCAAUUGUGGAUUAAAGGAAUAAUUAGGUGCCAUUAUACUAAAGACUUAUGAAUCUAGUAGUUUAAAGGGUGUCUAGGAAACUUUUAUGCCAUCAAACCAUUGACGACCACCGACUAAGUUAAAAUAAAUGUGCCGCUGAUUUGGUUACAUCUUAAUUGAACCCUAUACAAUGAACAAAACUCCUUAUUGAAUAACUUUGUAUAGAAAUAAAAUUAUCAAAGUAUUGGUAACUGUAUUUUAUUUCCACUAUCUUCCGCCUACAGCAUCGUCCGCGUUAGGCCUCUCGUUUUCAGAGUUUUUUUUAACCAUAUGGCUAACACGUCAUACGGUUAAGCCUACGGGUGAGACAAUGGCCAGGUCCUGUUUCAUAUCUGUUUCUUCAUCACUUUAAUCUUCAAUUGUGGAAUUUAAAUGCAUAAAUAUUUCUUUCUAGAAAUCAUACUUAAGCCUCUUAUUUUUUUUAUUAUCAAUACUUUUAUGCAUAUAACGGCACCCUCCCGUGGUUUGUGAUCUGUCGAUUUCUAAUGUCUCUUUAAGUACCACUGGGCCACAGCCCUGCCUUGCCUCAUAUCCGGCCCUGUAGGUCACUCGUCGUAUUCAGCGUUUAAAUCACUUGAAGAGGUGACAACUGCGAUUUUUUCUAAAUUAAAUCCCAUCCGACACAAGGGUUUACGGGAUUUUUUGUUAGAAAAAUCUCCACUCUACAUCGGAGGUGACGAGCGGGAAUGACCGGGGUUGUAGAUAAUCUACUAAUUCUUCAUUUCGUUUGUUGCAUUUGGUCAUACCCCACAGUUGAUGGUAGUAUCUCUAACUAGUCUGUGGUUGAUGGUGGGCGUUGGAGUAGGUGCCGAUGAUCAGCGCCUUGUUGUAGAUAAAACAAAUUCUUGCUCUUAACUAGGUACAGCAACACACACAGCUAAUUAUAGUAUGCGUUGCAUGUUCUAUCGAGUUAAAGGGAUGGACCCAGUAUUCUUUAAUCUCUUUUAACGACUUCUUUUUUUCUUAACUUCGUAUUAAUUACUAACAAAACAAAGUAAUCUCUCAUUUGUUCGCACUUGGUCCGAUUCGCAAAAGGACGGAUUUUUUUCGCCGGAAUACAAGAAAAACGCUUAUGACACCAAGCUCUUUUCUGCAAUAGUUUUAUUUAUAAUAAAAACGAGUCGAUAAAAAGUUUGAAAAAUCUUACUAAAAUCCAGAGAUGUGACUUAUCUGUAAUAUAAAAAUGAAUCGCUG